CGACCAGCCGUUCAGCGCGUUGAUGCCGGAACCCCAUUGACCUCUACGUAAGCAGAUCUGCGUUGGUGUUCCUCUCCUUCUCUCAUGUGGAGUCUUUUUUGAGCGGGACCCCGAUUUUCGAGGUCAUGUACCCCGGAGCUUUCGCCUGGUCCAAGUCUAUGGUUCAUUUUGUGGAGAAAUUAUGAAAUCAAACCCAGGAAAAUUUACCCAGGUACAGUCAAGGGCUGGCUGAUGCUCUGAUCCGACAGGAACGCAAGGUUGAUCGUAUCUUGUCUUACAACUGGACUGAAAAAUAUACACAUGUAGUGUUUGUCUCUAUCAUUGCAACCGCUUUCAACAAUGUCAGCUGCAGAUAGUGCUGCUCACCAGGGCUUAACAGUCCCGAAAAGAGCCCGUGCUUGUGAUUUUUGCAGGCUGAAGAAGAUCCGCUGCAUUGGUACACAUCCCUGUGACAAUUGUAUAGAACACGGCGAGAGCUGCAUUUUUUCAGAAAGGCAGCGGCGCAAAAAGAGGCGAACUCACCAUGAUCUGGCACGUCGACUUGCUGAAUUCGAGAGUUUUCUUGAUGCUGCACGGGAAGAUCAAAAUCUGGCCAGAAUCUUUGUCCGGAACGAUGCGCAUCAACCCUUUGGAUCUGAGCAGACUCAGGUGUCCAACGCCAUAAAUCGCGGACGACAAGACAGACCGCCUACCUCCAAUUCCGAGACUAGGUUCAAUGAUAUCUCGAAUACCGUUCCGCUCGAUCGAGGGCCCUCCCCUGUAGGGCUGCCAGUUCAGGAAGCCCAGCAACAACAAUCUCGACCAAGCCCACGAGAAUGGGAACGAAUAGAAAUUGCCUCACAAGCAUCACCAAAAGCCUCCAAAUCCUCAACAUUUCCAUACACUCCUACCCAGCCCAGCACAAAAGACACUAGCGGGUACGAAACAGUAAAGACAGGAAUCGAGUACUGGGGGCCAAGGACGAACAUGGCUCUUUGCUCGAAACCUGGUAUAGCCUGGGUAAAAGCGAGAGUUAGACAGCCAGACUUCGAGGCGAUUGCCUCACAAUUUGCCCUUGAUCUUGCAAAACGACUGAAGAUGGACAAGAGACCCUCAGCAGAGCGAAAACCGGAGCCGUCUCUUGACGUUGCGCUACAAUUCUCGCGAGCAUACUUUGAAGAAGGCACACAGGCAUCACUAGGCAUAAUUCAGCGCUGUUCGUUCGAGACGAGGCUCCGGACUUUCUUGAGUGGCAGUCAAAUCGAUGAUGAUCCAGCGUGGUACGCCUUACGCAAUACCGUCUACGCCUCGGGAUGCCGCAUCGAAUUAUCGAAAAGUGCUACUUUUCGAGAAGCUCAACGGGAAUCUUGGGCAUGGUUCGAGAAUGCACUAUCAGUACAUUCGGAAUUACUCUUCUGUCACACAUCGCUGACAGGCGUGCAAGCACUGGCACUCAUGGCAUAUGUCAUAGAAGGUAUCAGUUGUCCUAUUUUACAAUACAUGUUGUGCGCAAACGCCUUGAGACUGGCCGUGACUCAAGGACUACAUCGCCACCCCAUACAGUCAUGGAAUCUGCCAGAACAUGAAGUUGCGAUGCGGAAUUGCACGUUCUGGGCUCUAUAUUGUCUCGACAAGGAUCUUGCUUGGAGGGCUGGAAGGCCUUCAACAAUGGACGAUGACGAUAUCACCUGCGAAGUACCGCCAUCGAUGUACUUCCAGGGACUUGUCAGAAUAAGUCGACUUUCAUCGAUUGCGUACAGAAAAUUGGCGAGCGCUUCUGCACUUCAAAGCACACCCGCAGAGUGGGUGAACAAUGUUGUACAGAUGGACACGAUGCUGGAGGAACUUCGACAGUCGUUGAAAGACUCCCUCCAACUCCAUUUUCCACUCGAUCUGGCAAACGUUCCAGCCUUCCUAAACAAUCACGAAGCUGUCUCCCUUCAAUUUCUUUUUAACACACUCACAUGGGAUAUACAUUCAGCGUUGGCGCAUCCUUGGUGUCGAGAUAUCUUCAACCUAGACAAAAGCCACGAGUACAGAAGCCAGAUCGAACGUUCGUCGAAAAUCCUGGCUGAGACUUCCAAAGCAGCGAUACUCGAGUGCAGGUUUGUUCAUUGUGACGCAAAUUGUUCACUAGUGAAGGGUUACUACACUCCGCUGUAUGCGGUGAUCAAUCUCUUUGUUUCCAUACUUCAGAACUUGGCAUGCGCCACACCAUCAGAUCUAGCACUCAUGGACGUGGGCGCUGGCCAUUUUGCACGUCUUUCAUUCGCAACGGAAUCCGACUUCAAUGUGCCACUGGUGAAGAAUCUGGCUCUCCUCGCCAACAACGCCCUGGAAGUAUACAAAACAAUACAACCAAGUCAGACUUCAACUCUAGGCCAGCUGGACAAUGACGGUUCCUCCUUUCUGUCUGUUGCUCCUCCAUUCGUAACGGCUCCGGAGGGAGUGCCUGGGUCAUUCUCCGAAGAACACCUACAUCAAGAUUGGUUGGAUGCAAGCCUCAACGAAGAUUUUGAAAUGUGGAGUAUUUUCUACCCAGGAGGUCCAGAGAGUCAUCUUCAAGAUCCACCAAUCUAUGAAGAAAGUCGUCAGUCUAUACCUUGAACAUUGAUUACGUACGAGUAGCAGUGGGAAAUUCAAUCGCAGAUGAGCCAGCGAUCAACAUCUCUGCAAAUGUAGAUCCCAGAUUGUUUAUUGCUCGAUAUCCAAGACUAAAGUCGUUCGGUUCGAAUACGUUGUUCGGAACAAGACAUGGUU